AUGCAUCCAGCUGGGACAGGUCUGUUGUUGGCUCUGCUUUGUGCCGUGGCGUUUGCGGAUCGGAACCCAGACCUGGACGAGCACUGGAAACUAUGGAAGAACAAAUACCAGAGAAACUAUCACAACAAGGUGGAGGAGGAGAGCCGCAGAGCAUUGUGGGAGAAAAACCUGUGGUUCAUCAACACUCACAACCUGGAGGCGUCCAUGGGGCUCCACUCCUACACUGUGGCCAUGAACCAGAUGGGAGACCUGUCGACAGAGGAGGCGCUGCAGAUGUACGCGUCGCUGAGGAUUCCUGAAGACCUGGAGCGCCCUCCAUCCUCGUUCAUCGACACAGACAGCUCCAAACUCCCGCUCAGUGUGGACUGGAGGAAGCUCGGAGCUGUCACCAACGUCAAGGACCAGGGCAGAUGCGGCUCGUGCUGGGCCUUCAGCGUGGUGGGGGCCAUGGAGGGGCAUCUGUUCAGGACCACAGGCAGACUGGUGGACCUCAGCCCCCAGCAGCUGGUGUCCUGUUGCACCGACGGGAACUUUGGCUGUCAAGGAGGCUUCAUGCACAAGGGCUUCCAGUGCAUCAUUCGGAGGGGGCUGGAGUCUGAGGCGAACUACCCUUACAGAGGAAUGAACGACGUCUGCCGAUACAACCCUCAGUACGUCGCAGCCAACUGCUCGGCUUUCAGCUUUGUGCCUCGGGAAGAGACCGAGCUGCAGAAGGCAGUGGCGACCAUCGGACCCAUCUCUGUCGGAAUCUAUGCCACUCCUCUCAUUUACUACAGUUCGGGAAUAUUUUCAGGUCCUUGCGCUGGCCAGAUGAACCACGGCGUUGUGGUCGUCGGCUACGGUACAGAGUCUGGUCAGGACUACUGGCUGGUGAAGAACAGCUGGAGCAGUCGAUGGGGAGAACAAGGAUACUUUCGACUCGCUCGCAAUCGAGGAAACCUGUGUGGCGUCGCAUCCUACGCAACGUACUGUGAUAUCUAA